AUACCCCUUACUUUUCUCCUAUACACAAUUUGAUUCUUUCAAGCGCUGCAGUUUAUAGAACGAUUCAUCAUGCCUGCUGAAAUUCCCGCCGGUGGCACCUGGUUCGAUACCCUCAAGAGGUCAUUCGAUGAUGUUCCUGUUGAUGCUGCCAACGACAAUGCCAUUGCUACCUCGGAGUUCCUCGAAGCUGCAGAGUCUCUAACCACGCUUUUCGACGUCCUUGGUUCUGCCGCAUUCUCCCCCGUUAAGAGCGACUUGACAGGCAACAUCAAGAAAGUUAGAGACAGGCAGCUGGCUGCCCCCGGCGAAUCAGAGACCCUCCAAUCCCUCGUUCUCAAUGAAUUGAAGACAAAGAAGCAUGUUGCCACAGAAGGCCUGGUUUGGCUCGUUAGGGGUCUUGAAUUCACCGCCAAGGCUCUCCGCCACAAUCUCGACAACGGCACAGAGCUGUCUGACUCUUUCCGUGACGCGUAUGGCAAAACCCUCAAGCAACAUCAUUCUUUCAUGAUCAAGCCCAUUUUCUCCGCGGCCAUGUCGGCGACUCCUUACCGAAAGGACUUCUACGCGAAGCUUGGCAGCGACGAGGGGAAAGUCAAGGCUGCCCUUGAGCGUGAAGUGGCGGCUCUAGAGAAGAGGGUUGAGAUUUUGAAGUCCUUCCAGGAGCGCAAGGAGGCGAAGUGGUAGUGAUUGAUUCAUGAAGCUCCCUUGUCGUGUCGAGAUUGUUUCUAGAUUUGUAUAUAAGCUUUGGGACAUCUCACUUACAAUAGUCCAACUCAACCAAACAGCAGGUAUUCGUGAUGAA